AGAAAACCAGAAAGCUGAAGUCAAGGCCAGGAAAGUUUUAGAGAUUUUGCAAGCCAAAGACAGCAAAAUAGAAACAUUAGAACAGAAUGCAAGUAUCUUAAAACAGAAAAUAAACAAGCUACUACUGAAAAAAAAUGCUGUGGAUAAGGGAAAUACCCGUUUGAAGAAGGAAUUCAGUGGCUUGAACCAGAAAUUUAAAGAUAAAAGCCAGGAACUUAAGGACACUAAGGAGUGUGCACAAAGGAAGGAAGAGCAAAACAGACUGGUUAUAAAAAACCUGGAGGAGGAAAAUAAGAGAUUAAAUACAUGCUGUGCUGACCUACGAAGUGACCUGGAGAAACUGAGGAAGCUGGAGGCACAAUGGAAAACAGAAAAAAAUGACAAUGAUGCCAGAAUAAAGGAUUUGGAAACUGAUUUAGCAAAGGCAAGAGAACAAGUUAAAGAUUUGAACAGUAUGUGCAGUGACUUGUCAACUCAGGUAGCUGCCAAACAGGAGGAACUUUCCCAGAAGGAUUGUGACGUGAUCAGAGCUAAGAAAGAGUUGCAGGAACUGCAGAAUCUUUACAGACUAAACACUGAACAUAGAGCACAGCAGGCUGAGCUGAUAAAGCAGCUUCAGGCUUUCAAUACUGAGGCACAGAAAAGACUGAAAGACAAAGAAGAUGCUCACACAGCUGAAGCAACAUCAUAUCAAGAA